AUUCGCAAUGUGGUCUCCCGCCAAAUAGUUCCACUGUUGAAACAGUUGAAAGUGGGUGCGAGCUAUCAAGCAGUCGAGUAAAACGGAUGCUACAUCACACGUGCAGUCUAUACCAGUAUGUUUAUUUGCAAUUACGCUUGACCAGUUCAUUUCGUCCGUGUGCAGAACAGCGUGGGAGCUAUGCUUCGUUCUAAAAAAAGUCUUAUUGUUCCUACAAUAAGACUUCCUACAAAUAAUGGCCCUACUUCAAGGAUUUGGCCAACGUCAUAUCAGCUACAGAAAUUUCGAAAUCAGGAAAGGCGAAUACAAUUCUGUGAAUGGUACGUGCAACAAGUAAAAAAAGACGACCUUUUUCCAUCAAGGAUACUAUGGACUGACAAGGCUAUAUUUACGAGAUAUGAUGUUGUCAAAGUUCAAAGCAACUAUGUAUGGGUAAGCCCAUACGAAGAUCCACGCGCUGUGCUAGAAAAAUGUUCACAACGUGACUUCAGCUGUAAUGUAUGGAUGGGCAUAUACAACGACAUGCUAAUUGGUCCCUAUUUCUUGCCGGAACAUUUAACUGCGCGUUCUUUUUUAAACUUUCUCAGUAAUGAUUUAACAAUUGCUCUCGAAGAUGUACCUUUACUAUCUCGCCAACACAUGUGGAUACAGCUAAAUGGAUUCUCAGCAUAUUCUGGAAAACAAGUACAACAGUGGUUAAACGAACAUUAUCCCAAAAGGUGGAUUGGUCGAGAAAGUCCGAUAUCUUGGCCUCCAAAAUCACAGGAUCUUACGCCGUUAGACUUCUAUCUGUGGAGUACAAUGAAAAAAAAAGUUUAUCGAACAAAAGUCAAGUCAAGAGACGAAUUAAUGCAAAGAAUUAUCAACGCAGCUGAAGAGAUAAAGCAAAAUCGGCAAGAAAUUCUUGAGAUGACGAAUUCAAUAUUAAAGCGAUGUACAGCUUGUAUUGAUGUGGGCGGACGGUACAAUCAAAUGUAAACUUAAUUGAAAUUGUUCCUUAUUUAUGUAUUUCAUAUUUUUGCUAACUUUCUAACAAAGCAUUUUGAAAGCUACGUUUAUGUUAUGUAACAUUCCUAUUUCUGCUCAUAGACCAUCUACUAAAGUUUGUCCGGAAAAAUUUGGGACACCCCGUAUAUUAAUUUCCUCUUUAUUGAUGUAAAUUAAUGUAAAUUUAAUCAUAUUCAUGAAUUUUUCUGAGCAACGCAAAAUAUACUACUAAUGA